UUGGGAUUACGAUAUUAUGUAAUUUUUUUAAAUACUUGUGUUUCAGCAUGUGGUUCACCUAAAAAAAUAAUUUACACUUGUCCUAAUAAUAAAACAGUAAAAAGUUAUAUUUAUGAGAAACGAGUUAACGGUAAAUGUGAAAAGUUUCCAUUAAAGCGAAAACAUACUAAAAAUUGUAUUAUACGUUAUGUAUGGAAAUUAGCUAAAUCAAAAAUUAUUAGAAAGAAACGAUCCAUUCAAUUACAUACUUCAAGUGGUUCAAAAUGUGGUCCCAAUCAACAUUACGUACCAGAGCGUAAUCCAUGUCCAGAAACAUGUGAAGGGAAAUUUUUCGGAGUGGAAUCAAGAUGUAGUCAUCUCACGUCUGGUCCUGGGUGUGAAUGCCUUCCCGGUUUCAUGAGAGACGGUAUUUUAUGUGUGCCUCCAAGUCAAUGUGGCUGUUUAGAAUCUGUGUGUAUUGAUCGUGUAUCUACUGAAAAAUGUAAACUAUGGAGAUCUGAAGGUCGAUGUCACAAAGACAAGGCUAUUAUGCAACGAUUUUGUAGGGCAACAUGUCAACGCUGUGAGCGACCAUGUGAAGAUCAAAUAGCGACGUCACAAUGUGAAUUAAUCAAGAGACGUGGUGAAUGUAGUUUAGAUUUCUACAAAUCAAUGUGUAUGCUAACUUGCUCACAACAAAAUUGCAGAUGCCCUAAAUGUCAUGUAGAAAGUGGAUCUUGUCACCCAAUCACCAAAAAUAUUGAAUUACGCCAUAUAUGUUAUCAGCUUCAAAGUAACGGUAGUUGUAAUCCACUCAUCACAAGGAGAUAUCGACCGUGUGGAGACUGCCCCGCAAGACUUUCAAGGAUUCCAGGAAAAUGCAACUAUUGCAAAGGAUUUCGUAAGGUAUAUUUACGCACAUAUUUUCGAGAGGAGGUCGGUUUUAAAAGGUGUUUGAUGGUUGAACGUUCACAUGAAGAGAAAUGCUCAUGCGACCGGAUAAAUUUAGCACUUAAAACAUGUCAAGCUAAUAAAAUUCCAGUACUUAAGACCAUGGUUCGAGUAAAAACAUCAUGUGAUAAAUGUAUCUACAAAAAAAUUAAUAUUCUUGGAAAACCUAUUGAAUGCAAAAGACCGCGGAUAGAACGCGGUCAGUGUAAACAAACAUAUCCAGGACAAAUUGGUCUUACUAGGAAAGUGAUUUAUGCCAAAGAGGUUGCUAAGAAUUGUAAAUGUCGGUUAGUUUCUCAUGAAGAGACAGAGAUAUGUGGCUGCCCUAAAACUAAACGUUCUAAUCCUUUCUGUAUGACCGAUAGAAAUCAGUUGGCCAUAAAAAUCACUUACUAUAAACCGAAUAGAACUCAUUGUCUAGAAUUCUCAAAUAUUAGUUGGAUUCCCAAAUUUCCUUGCCCAUCAGCUGACCAGUCUUCAAUAACUAAAAAUCAGGGUCGAUUUCAUUGUAAUCCUGAGACGUGUGAACGUAUCUGGAUUGGUCGAACAUGGAUACGUGAACAUUGUAAAUGUAGACAAGUAGAUGUAAAUCAUCCAGCUGGGAAAUGCUGUUGUCCCAAAUCCGAAAGCAGUCAAUCUGAUUGCCAAAAUGGAUUAUCUGAAAUAGUUAAUGUUACUUACAGUCUUGUAAAUGGUGAUUGUAAACGUCAUGUCUUACGAUCAGUAAUACGUUGUUCAUGUCCAAAUUCUAAGAAUUUUGUCAAAUGUGAUUCAGAAAAUGGUAUAAAAUUAUUUGGAACCGUAAAGUAUAAAAUACAAAAGGACGGAACAUGUCAAAAAGUAGAAUUGAUAGAAUUACAUAAAAUAAAUUGUAUGAACGAACAUAUCAGAAGAAUUUCCGAAUGUAAUGUUCAAAUUACGGAGGAUAAUCGCAUGUAUCGUCAGUUGUUAGUGGCACAGUCAAGUAUUAAAGAAUGUGCAUGUAUUACACCUAAGCCUAAAGUUUACUUGGAAGCUUGUAAUUGUCCUGAAGCCCAAACUGACGUUGUGAAACAGAUACAACAAUGUCCAUCUUGGUGUUUUAAUGCAACACCAGAGAUGUGUGACCGAAGAUGUCAGAAUAUUUUCAUAUGGCAAAAGCUUGUUUACGAUUUUGAAAAUCGUGGACAUUGUAAAGUAGAAAUAUUACAAAAAAUUACCAAACCAUGUUGUUGUAAACAUUCAAAAGAAAUCCGACGAUUAUGUAGUGAAGAUGGCAAAACGUUGAUAACUGAAACCGAAGAAAGUAUUUGGAAAAAUGAACUAUGUAUUAAGAAAGUAAAACGAAUUCACCAACCUAUUCAGUGUAAAAUUGGACUACUAAAACAAACACUGAUAAAUUCACAAAAACAUGGUAAACGAUAUAUGCAGUCAGUAUACGGAUAUCGACAACAUUGUCAAUGUAAAAUACGUGUCGAAGAAAAGUUGUGUAAUCAAUCAUGUCCAGAACCGGUUUAUGAAGUGGAAUGUGAUCCAGGAUCACGUGAAUUACUGCAUAAAAAACAGAUUACGUCAGCGUUGCUUGUAAUUGUCAAGCAAGGAUAUAUAAACGAAGAACAAAAAGUUUGUAAGUUAGUAUUUGAAAUUGAAGUAAUUCUUGCCUUCUUUUCUAAGUACCAUUAUUUGUCUAAAAAUCAGUCAUUCAAGAAAGUAGAAGAAAAAAGAAUCAUUUCAGUUUCAACUAAAUUCAAGAUAAUUUUACGACUUGUCAAUACAUUUUAA